CGUCCAUGCGGCGGCGCUCGGGGCUGCGGGGAGGUGCUGCCGGGCUCCGGGGACCACGCGGGGGUGAGAGGCGACGCGAGGUGACCACCAGGAGCUGAACAGAACUUUCACCUGCAGGAAAUUGGCAACACCUGGGAAGAGCAUUCGCCUUAGCCUGGAGCUGCAACAUCAUGACUUCCCAUUUCAUGGGCUCUCUCAGUGUGCCGGGUACCCUCCUGCUGCUUGGUCUCCAACUCGUCUGCCCACAGCCCUCCACUGAACACAGAAAGGUUCCUCAGCGGAUGGCCGCCGCCCAGGGCAUCCCGGAUGACGGUGGCGGUGCCCCGGGCGUGUGGGGAGCCUGGGGCCCCUGGUCCGCCUGCUCCCGCAGCUGCAGUGGAGGAGUGAUGGAGCAGACACGGCCCUGCCUGCCCAGCUCCUACCGCGCCCGGGGCGGCCCCAGGCCCAGCAGUCCAGUGCAAGCCUUCUCCGGCCACGUGGUGUCUGCAGUGCGCACGUCGGUGCCUCUGCACCGGAGCCGGGAGGAACCGCGCGCCCUGGCGGGCCACGAUGCCAAUGGCAACGGCGGCGGCCCCGCGGGGCUACGAGGCAGCAGGCACCCGCAGACCCGGGGCCGCGAACCCGCGGCGGACAGAAGGAGCAGGACUCGAGGCCCCAUCGGCCCUGGCAAGUACGGCUACGGGAAGGCUCCGUACAUCUUGCCCCUGCAGACGGACGCCACGCACACGCCGCAGCGGCUGCGGAGACAGAGGCCUUCGUCCAGGCAUUCCAGGUCUCAAGGAGCAUCUGCCCCCAGGCAGGGAUACAGGCCAUCACCGGCCCACGGGCUCCCCCGACACGGGCCUUUGUACCAAAGCGACAGUGGCCCUCGUUCGGGACAGCAGACCUCCGAAGCCUCCACCUACCAGCUGCCUUUGACUCACGACCAAGGCUUCCCUGCAGCGCCAAGUCUCUUCCAAGGCCCAGAAAUCAGCAGCCAUGCCGUGGGGGCCCACGGGAUGGGGAUGGCUCAGAGCUUCUCCCAGAACCUUCGAUCCACAGCCAUUUCGUGCAUCGGGGCCUAUCGGCGGUACAAGCUGUGUAACACCAAUGAAUGCCCAGAGAGCAGUAGAAGUAUCCGGGAAGUACAGUGUGCAUCCUACAACAAUAAGCCGUUUAUGGGCCGGUUUUAUGAAUGGGAACCAUUCGCAGAAGUAAAGGGCAAUCACAAGUGUGAGCUGAACUGCCAGGCGACGGGCUACCGCUUUUAUGUACGGCAAGCUGAGAAGGUCAUCGAUGGCACCCCGUGUGACCAGAAUGGCACAGCUAUCUGCGUGUCGGGACAGUGCAAGAGCAUUGGCUGUGAUGACUACCUGGGCUCUGACAAAGUCGUGGACAAGUGUGGAGUAUGCGGCGGCGAUAACACGGGCUGCCAGGUGGUGUCCGGAGUGUUCAAGCACGCCCUCACCAGCCUGGGCUACCACCGCGUGGUGGAGAUUCCCCAAGGAGCCACAAAAAUCAACAUCACCGAGAUGCAUAAGAGCAACAACUACCUGGCCCUGCGCAGUCGCUCCGGCCGCUCCAUCAUCAAUGGGAACUGGGCCAUUGACCGUCCUGGGAAGUACGAAGGCGGAGGGACGAUGUUCACCUACAAGCGUCCCAAUGAGAUUUCGAGCACUGCUGGAGAGUCCUUCCUGGCUGAAGGCCCCACUAACGAGAUCUUGGACGUCUAUAUGAUACACCAGCAGCCCAACCCAGGAGUCCACUACGAGUACGUCAUCAUGGGGAGCAAUGCCAUCAGUCCCCAGGUGCCACCUCACAGGAGACCAGGGGAGCCUUUCAAUGGGCAGCUGGAAGGAGGAGGUAGGAGCCAGGAAGACAGAGAGGAGAAGGAGCCGACCGAGGAGAAGGAACACUUGCACAGUGAGACCCCUGAGCUGUUCACCUCAGAGGCGGCGCAGACCUUCCCAGUGAGGCACCCCGACAGAUUCUCUCCCCACCGGCCAGACAGCUUAGUGCCACCAGCUCCGCCACAGCUCCCACGACGAAGCCGGGAUCACAACUGGAAGCAGCUGGGGACGACAGAAUGCUCAGCCACCUGCGGGAAAGGAUCACAGCACCCCAUUUUCCGCUGCGUACACAGAAACACUCAUGAGGAAGUUCCUGAGAGCUACUGUGACUCCAGCAUGAAGCCAACCCCGGAAGAGGAACCCUGCAACCUCUUCCCCUGCCCAGCCUUCUGGGACAUUGGGGAGUGGUCCGAGUGCAGCAAAACCUGUGGCCUGGGCAUGCAGCACCGCCAGGUCCUCUGCCGCCAGGUGUAUGCCAACCGCAGCCUCACGGUGCAACCCUACCGCUGCCAGCACCUGGAGAAGCCGGAGACCACCAGCACGUGCCAGCUCAAGAUCUGCAGCGAGUGGCAGAUUCGCACAGACUGGACUUCGUGCUCAGUGCCCUGUGGAGUGGGGCAGAGGACCCGCGACGUGAAGUGCGUGAGUAACCUCGGGGACGUGGUGGAUGACGAGGAGUGCAACAUGAAACUGCGACCAAAUGACAUCGAGAACUGCGACAUGGGACCUUGCGCAAAGAGCUGGUUCCUCACGGAGUGGAGUGAACGGUGCUCAGCAGAGUGUGGGGCCGGGGUGCGGACACGGUCGGUGGUAUGCAUGACCAACCACGUCAGCAGCCUGCCUCUGGAGGGCUGCGGGAACAACAGGCCAGCCGAGGCCACCCCGUGUGACAAUGGACCCUGCACAGGCAAGGUGGAGUGGUUCGCUGGGAGCUGGAGUCAGUGUUCGGUGGAGUGUGGCAGUGGGACGCAGCAGAGGGAGGUGAUCUGCGUCAGGAAGAACGCGGACGCCUUCGAAGUGCUGGACCCGCACGAGUGCUCCUUCCUGGAGAAGCCCUCCAGCCAGCAAGCCUGCCGCCUCAAGCCCUGCGGAGCCAAGUGGUUUAGCACAGAAUGGAGCAUGUGCUCCAAAAGCUGCCAGGGUGGUUUCCGGGUCCGGGAAGUGAGAUGUCUGUCAGACGACAUGACCCUGAGCGCUCUCUGUGACCCUCAGUUGAAACCAGAAGAGAGAGAAUCAUGUAACCCUCAGGACUGUGUCCCCGAAGUGGAUGAGAACUGUAAGGACAAACACUACAACUGCAACGUGGUGGUCCAGGCCCGCCUCUGCGUCUACAACUACUACAAGACGGCCUGCUGCGCCUCCUGCACCCGUGUGGCCAACAGGCAUGUGGGCUUCCUGGGGAGCAGAUAAGCCCCCUGUCCUCCAUCAGUAGGGCAGCAUUCCCUGCCCACCCUCUGGGGGAUGCAGACAGUGCACCCGGCUGGCCGCCUGCCCCAUCAGGAGCUCCCGGGGCCAGGGCACUGCCAACCAACUUAAUCACUACCUUUGCCUUCGUAAGACAUACCCGCGAGGUACCCAGGAACUUUUGUACCCAGGAUGUAAGGAAGCCGUGGCCACUCCUUUUAAGUGUCACUAAUGGUGGACUGAUGAUCCCCCUUCUUGGGACCCGGCACCUGCCAGUGGUACCUGCUGAAAUGUAACCCGUGGGAAGUGCAUGCAGCCGUCAACUGAGCUCCUGACCUGCUAUUGUCCAUGUCAGCACAUGGGCCACUGACCAAGCACCUCUUUCCUGGUGCUGCUGGCCUGUCUGAAAAUGAGCCCCCUUUGGAAAGCCGGGUGGGGGGGGGGGCAGCUCCUCACCCCACAGCCCCACCAGGCCUUGCUAUGAGACCUGAGACCCACGCGCCCCUCUGUGACCUCAGCCUAGCUGUGCCUGUUAUCACUCUUAAAGACCGUAGACCUUAGGACACGGGCGUCUCAUCACCUAGAGUGCUUUAUCGUGUAGCAGGUUUACCCACAGAUACAAGCCCAUUAGCAGCACAAAGCCCAGGAUGGGAUGCACAGGCACCCCACUUUAUUGACGAGGAAACCGAGGCUCAACUCAGGUAACUCACCUGCCGUUCGGUGGCAGAUCUCAGCGCACACCCCGCGGCCCCUGCACCAGUGACCAUCCGGGGUUCUGCCCAGGUGCCAUCCGUCAGGAGGAUGAGUGUAGCUUCCCAUCGGACCCGAAGGCGGACGAGUUUCCCACUCUAUGAAGAAAGCCUGGGCUUUUGAAUUCUUCCCUCUGCCCACAGUGUUGCUUCCUUCCAACACUCAGUUUUCCCAGAUGUCUGUUUCCAUGUCCCUGUCCCACAGUGACAGAGCCUACUGGCAGGACCUCAGCGGGUUUUGCUAAGCUCCCUUCUCCACAGCGCUGCCCAGGGAGGUCAGGGGUGCCUGGCCAGUGCCUGAAAUUCUUUCAUUCCCAUGGGACGCACUUCUGGGAACUGUCACAAGGCUGAGCAGACACCCACAACCCGCAGGGUGCCACCCUCUCUCUGCCAUUGCUUCUGGGUUCUUGGCCCAGUGGCAAGUCUGGCCAGUGAGUCCCAGCAAAAAUUCUCUGUUGCAGUGGAAAGAGUCCCAUUUUGGCCUCAGGGGUUCCUUCCCUAGUGGCCUUGCGAUCCCUCCCCCGUGGCUCACACCUCUUACCUCCCACCAGACAUAACCAUCAAGAUCAACCUUAAAGCAGCCAGCCUGGGAGACAGAGGUGUGAAGCCCUGUCUGUCCUCCCAAAUUCACUUCACCUAACUGUGUCGUCUCACCAAAAAAAAAAAAAAAAAAAAAAACGGGGGGG